UUUCAAUUCUUGCAGACAAUUUUUCUUAAGACAUAAAUGUGUUGUUCUUUGACUGUUAACUUUAAAUUGAACCUUCAAACUAUAUAAAAAUAAAAGUAACUUAGAAUAUAACAUAUUACCCAAGUUAAGUGUUAUUUGGAUAUCAUAAUUUUAAUGUAGGCAUUGCUGAUGCAAGGAAUGUAUUAUGUGUGCACUCAUGAAUUGUAGGACCAUAAAAAUUAAAUUAAUGAUUAAAAAAAAUGGUUCUUUUUUACUAAAAAUAUUUUUUACGAGUUUCCCAAAAUUAUUUCACAUGAACCCCUAUGGUUAUUUGAUCCUGACUGAUGUGUUAAAAUAUAAAUUUAAUAGUAUGUUCUCUGUGUAAAAAAAAACAUUUAAUUGAAAUAUGGAUGAAAAUUUUUUAUUAUACAGUGAAACUCCUUUUCAAAAGACUAUUAGACAAUAACCUCUUUUGAACGAAAAAUAUUUUUUUCUACAGCGUUCUGUUGAAAGGAGAUUUCAUUGUAAUAAAUUAUCAUUAUUAGCUUUGAUGCAAACCUGAGAAGAAUGAAGUGGAUAUCUUAUUUCUUAUUAAUUCAUCUCAUAGGCGAAGCACUAUCAGAACUAACAUGUUUGAAAAGUGACAUAUGUUUUUGUCAGAAGAGAGUAGAUGAUGAAGAGAUGGAAGUAAUGUGUAACAACGCAUUGUCAUUAAAACUCACUUCAACAGAGUCAUCGGUUUAUAUUCAGUGUACUGCAGAUAAUAUUAUAUGGGAUCAGGUUUUUAAGCAAAUAGAUAUUACAUCAAUUUACUAUAAAAAUUGCCCUUUAUUAAACAUUGGCUUUAAUAAAACCAUUUCAAAAUUGGGUAUUCGAGAUUAUCAAGUUAUAAUAUUAUCUUACAUAAAACUCAACAAUAGUUUAGAAAGUGUUUAUUUGUCAAAUUUGCAGAAUAUUAAACAUUUAGAAAUUAGUAGCUCAAUAAUUACACUGACUAAUAAAUCUUUUGAAGGAACACCAAAUUUAACAAAAUUAUUGUUACGUCAAAAUUCUAUAGAAAAAUUACCAAUAAAUCUGUUUAAGCAUUUAAUUUCUUUAGAAAUACUUGAUCUAGGAGCCAAUAAAUUAACCUCUUUAGAUGCUAGUCUCUUUGAUGGUCUUCCAUUAAAAAGUUUAAACUUGGAUUCUAAUCACUUGACUACUUUAAAUUUACAUGUUCCAAGUUUAAAACAUUUAGAUUUAAGUAAUAAUAAUUUAACUAUUAUUGACAUUAAAAAUCUAAAUAAUCUUAAGGAUCUUUCUUUGAACAAAAAUUUUUUUACUAAAUUGCAUGAUAGUCCAUUCAUUAAUACUUCUAUAGAAACUUUAAAGUAUAAUUAUGGAAAUUUAUCACUUCCUGAUAAAUUUUUAACUAAUUUAAACGGAUUACAAAAGAUACAGUUUAAAUCAUUAAAUUUAGAAUUUUUACCAGAAAAUAUGAUUUGGGGAUCAAGAAACAUAACUGAGCUGUCAUUUUCAUCUAAUCGCUUAAAAACUGUGCCAGUUUUAUUUUUUCGGGAUUCAGUAAAUAUCAAGGAAUUAGAUUUUUCUAAGAACCAAAUUGAAGACAUUAGUUUAGAAUUAUUAAGACCACUGGAUAAGUUGGAGAAAUUGGAUUUAUCUAAAAAUAACCUUGUCCAAUUAAAGUCUUUUUUAAAACAUUCAACAAAUUUAAUGUAUUUAAAUUUAGAAAAAAAUAAAAUUUGGAGUAUUGAUUAUGGAGCACUACGUUUAUCAAAGUUAAAAGAACUGAAGUUAUCAGAUAAUCAAAUUAUAAGUUUAAAGUCAGAUUUUGAAUUUUCUUUACAAUAUUUAUCGCGUACUGAAGUUAUAGAUCUAUCUCAUAACAAAAUUGAAAACAUUGAUCAAGGAUGGAUUAAUCUUGUAAAUUUAAAAAAAGUUAAUUUUGCUUAUAAUAACAUAUCUAUUCUAGGAAUUGAUGAUCUCCAAUAUUUUGUUAAUAUUGAAAAAACAGAUUUUAGAUAUAAUCCAUUACAGACAAUUGAUUUAUCAGGCUUAGAAAUGUUUGCCCAUUCACAAACAUGGAUGAAUAGUUCUGGAAAAAUAAUUUUAUCAAGUAAUGAAUUAAUUUGUGAUUGUCAUAAUUAUGAAUUAAGUAGAUUUUUACAAAAUCAAUUGCCAACCUAUGUCUAUAAAUACCUUAGAAUUGAACAAGAAUUAAUUUGUAAAAAUGGAAUGAUUUUUAAAGACAUUAAUCUAAAUAAUUUAACAUGUAUAUGGGACCAAUUUGAAGACUUGGAUAAAGUAGACUGUAGUUCAGAGUGUCGUUGUACUUAUCGACCUUUUGACAAUUCUGCAAUAAUGGACUGCUCUAGUAGUAAUUUAACUUCUGCACCUAAUAAUAUUAUAACAAGCAAAAAUUUGAACUUCACAGAACUUAACCUAAGAAAUAAUUUCAUCACAGAAUUGCCAGAUUAUUCCUAUGCAAAUAUUGGCAAAUUAGAUGUAGGAAAUAAUAGCUUAAAGAUUUUAAAUAUUACGAAACUUCCCAAAAAAAUUAUGGAGUUAAAUUUGGAAAAUAAUAAAUUACAAACAAUUGGAGAUGCAGCUUCUCCAGAUAUAUUUACUAAUCUGAUUCAUCUUUCACUCAGUGGUAAUUUAUGGUUAUGUAAUUGUGAAACUAAAAACACUUUAUACUUCAUUCACAAAUAUUCAUCAAAACUAACUGAUUUUACAAAUAUUACUUGUUCAUCGUCAAUAUUAUUACAAGACUUAUUGUUAGAAAAUUUGUGUCAAGUUUCUACUGCUAUUGUUGCUGUUUCUAUGUGUAUAGCUCUUUUUGGUUUAAGUAUUGGAUUUUUACUAGCUUUAUACUAUCGUUAUAAAACUGAAAUUAAAGUAUGGUUAUAUGCUCACAAUAUAAGAUGGCCUAUGGCAGAAGACUCUAUUGACCGUAAUAAAACAUAUGAUGCUUUUAUCAGUUAUUCUCAUAAAGAUGAAGAUUUUGUGUCAAAACAAUUGGUUCCUGGUUUAGAAGGAGGUACGAAACCUUUCAAAUUAUGUUUACACAAUAGAGAUUGGGUUGUUGGAGAUUGGAUCCCUGCUCAAAUAGCACGAUCAGUUGAUGAAUCACGAAGAACUAUUAUUGUAUUAUCUCAAAAUUUUUUGGAUAGUAUUUGGGGACGAAUGGAAUUUCGAACAGCACAUUCAAGUGCUUUAAAAGAACGUCGUAGUCGUGUUAUUGUAAUUCUUUAUGGAGAAGUAUCAGUAGAAGCAUUGGAUCCCGAAUUGAAAGCAUACUUAUCAAUGAAUACAUAUGUGAAAUGGGGAGAUUAUUUAUUUUGGGAAAAAUUAAAAUAUGCCCUACCACAUAGAUUUAUUGAACGAAAGAAACUUAAAAAUAAAAUAAUAGUACCUGAUAAAUUAAAUCCUUUAAGUUUGAUUUAAAUGUAAACUAAAUUUUUUUUUUUUUAAUUUAUAUAAUUUUGAUAAUUUUAUUAAUUUGGCAAAAUAGUAAUUUAUGUUAUUUAGACUCUUUCUUCUUGAGGAUGAUACAUUUUUUUGAUAAUUGAUUGAAUUUUAGUCUAUAUAUAAUUUUUAUUGUCAUAAUAAUGUACAAUAUCGAGUAUAAAAAUUUAAUCUUGACAAAGAAACUUGAGGUCAGUCAUCUAUUGGAUAAAUUCUAUAUGGGCUGCUUUUGAUUAAAAUUCACAUAAUUAAUACAAAAAUAAAAUAUUUGUUAUAUAGUUAUAAUAAUUUUAAUCAUAAUAUAAAAAACAUCUAAUAAUUUGGCUACUCUUUUCUUUAUUAAGUCUCUCUAGAUAUACACAUUGACAUAUAACUAAUAAUAUAAUGGACAUUCGAAAUUAUUUUGUAUUUUAAUUUGUAUGUUUAAGUAACUUUACGUAAAAAAAUUGUAAGUUUAUUUUUUUAAUUGAUUAUUUCUAUAAAACAAGCAUUUAUGACUUAUAUAUACAGGGUAUUUAUGUAU